GUGCCCCAGCGCGCGCGUGCAUGUAUAAGAGAGCCCGGCCGUCCGGCUUCUGGAAAAGCACCAGGGAAUUGCAGUUCAGUCGGGGCAGAAUUUCCAGCGAGAUUGUGUUCGAUCGGUUCAGUUGCCGCAGCAACGUAAGCUAGCUAGGGCUGGUUUCAGAGAUGGCCGAGAACAUGAAGCCCGUGGCGCUGCUGCUGCUGAUGCUCAACCUCUGCAUGUACAUCAUCCUCGCCAUCAUCGGCGGAUGGGCCGUCAACAUCUCCAUCGACCGCGGCUUCAUCAUAGGUCCGGGGUUGCGUCUGCCGGCGCAUUUCCACCCGAUAUUCACCCCGAUCGGCAACUGGGCCACGGGGUUCUUCGUCGUGUUCUCGCUGCUCGCCGGCGUCGUCGGGAUCGCCUCCGGCAUCGUCGGCUUCACCCACAUCCGCCACUGGAACCACCACUCCCUGCAGCCGGCGGCGGUCACCGGGCUGUUUGCCUGGGCGCUCACCAUCCUUGCCAUGGGGCUGGCUUGUCAGGAGAUCAGUUUUGACAGAAGGAACGCGAAGCUGGGAACCAUGGAGGCGUUCACGAUCGUCCUGACGGCGACGCAGCUCUUCUACGUCCUCGCGAUCCACAGCGGGAGCCGUGGCCCCGUCCCGGUGGAGCGGCCGCACGCCGUGAGCUGAUCGCCGCGUGUUGGGCAGGAUGCCAAGUUGAAGAACUGCAGGUCGCGGCACGUACGUAAGUACGUAACAAUCAAAAACAUGGUGUAUGGUUGUGCCUUUUUUUUUUCUUUAUCUUUUCUUUUUGGAAAUGAUGAUUCUUUGAGUGGAACUGGGGGUGAAAUGAUGAUUCGUUUGUAUUAACUAUAAUUGUUCCUUUGGAUUUGUUGAUUGAAUUCAAGUGCCUGUAAAUUUAAACU